AGAAUAAGCCUGUAGCGUAACAAAAAGUCAAGGGGUCUGAAUACUUUCCGAAGGCAUUUGAUCCCGAUUGAACAUUCAAUUAUACAUAUCAUAUCAGGUUGUAUGUUUCAAAGGCAGCAAUGAGUUUCAGGGCAUGAAAACAUCGGAUGGACGGACGGCAGAGCCAAAGAUAGUACAGUCCAAAAUACUUUUUUCUACCAAAGAUAGUCAUUGGUGGCAGAGACAUGGAUGGGUUAAUGUUAACCUCUACUUCCUCACAAACCCGGGUCCGGGAGCACCCCCAUCAGUAAAAAAAGCUGACUAGCAUAGGCUAGCAUAGCGUCAGAAGUAAAUAGUAGCUUCUAAAUAUAAUUAAAUCACAAGUCCAAGACACCAGAUGAAAGAUACACAUCUUGUGAAUCCAGCCAUCAUUUCUGAUUUUUAAAAUGUUUUACAGGGAAGACACAAUAUGUAAAUCUAUUAGCUAACCACGUUAGCAAAAGACACCACUUUUUUUACUCCACCCUUUUCUUACUGCAUCAGUAGCUAUCACAAAUUCGACCAAAUAAAGAUACAAAUAGCCACUAACCAAGAAACACUUUCAUCAGAUGACAGUCUGAUAACAUAUGCUGUACAAUAAAUAUGUUUUGUUAGAAAAAUGUGCAUAUUUCAGGUAUAAAUCAUAGUUUACCAUUGCAGCCACCAUCACAACUCUCACCAAAGCAACUAGAAUAACUACAGAGACCAUCGUGUAUUAGCUAAUUACUCAUCAUAAAACAUUUCUUAAAAAUACACAGCGUACAGCAAAUGAAAGACACAGAUCUUGUGAAUCCAGCCAAUAUUUCAGAUUUUCUAAGUGUUUUACAGCGAAAACACAAUAUAGCCUUAUAUUAGCUUACCACAAUAGCAAACAUCACAACAGCAUUGAUUCAAGCCAAAAAUAGCGAUAACGUAUAAACCACCAAAAUAUAUUAAUUUUUUCACUAACCUUCUCAGAAUUCUUCUGAUGACAGUCCUAUAACAUCAUAUUACACAAUGCAUAUAGAGUUUGUUCGAAAAUGUGCAUAUUUAGCGGCACAAAUCGUGGUUAUACAAUGAGAAAAGUAGCAAAGCUGCCCAGAAAAUGUCAGGAGAAAUCUUUGGAGAGGCACCUAUUCUAAUCAGUAACUAUUCCAAAACCUGACUAAAAAAUACAGGUUGGGCAGCAAUUGAAAGACAAAUUAGUUCUUAAUGCAAUCGCUGUGUUACAUUUUUAAAAUUAACGUUACUUUAAAAUACAGCGUGCGAUAAAGCGAGGCUGCACUGCAAUUAAUGGCGGCUUAUGCAUUUGACAUUUUUCAACAGAACAACGAAUUAUCAGCAUAAAUAGUUCUUACUUUUUGAUGAACUCUCAUCAGAAUCUUGGGAAAGGUGUCCUUUGUCCAAAAGAAUCGUUGCUAGGUUGUAUAACGUCCUCUUCAACGUUGCAAUUAGCAGUAAACAUUAGCAUGUGAGAGAGAGAUACCCAACCCCUAGAACGCCAGGAAAUGAAAUACCCGAAAAUCGCAAUAUACUGACAUAAACUGAUAUUAUUCGGUUUAAAAUAACAAGAUUAUGAUGUCUUUAAAGCCUAUAUCGAAUAAAAACACAGCCGGAAAUUUCUAAGAUCUAUAACCGAUGGUUCUAGUACAAUAUGCCAAGGUCCUCAGUGCGUCAGAGCGAAGAGGGAAAAGAACAGACACGUCCUUGCCAAGUGAUUUAUAACCUUUCAGAUCUACGUAGAGACUCAAUUUCAAGUCUCCCUAUUCGCGGACAUCCAGGGGAAGGUGUAUGCAGUGCAUCUCAACCAAUAGAAGACAGGCAGAUUUAUACACAGGUCUCAGAGCAGCUUGCAAAAUUUGGCAUUCUCACAUACACAUAGGAAAAUUGCUCUAAGUCCAGUUCUGUUUCACUCACAGAUAUAAUUCAAACGGUUUUAGAAACUAGAGAGUGUUUUCUAUCCAAUAGUAAUAAUAAUAUGCAUAUUGUACGAGCAAGAAUUGAGUACGAGGCAGUUUAAUUUGGGAACGUCAUUAUUACAAAGUGCUAACAGCUCCCCCUAUUGAUUAAGGCAGACACUAAUUAUACAUUUCUUAAAUGUGCUACUUAGAGUAUUCUUUAUUAUGCAUAGCUUAUUGAAGGCAAUUAGCUAUUUUAGCAUGAUUUGUUGAACAGCUAAGAAAGUGUAAAUUGAUUGGUCUGACUAGGUUCCCCAAGUGUACAGUUGAGGACGUAGCUACUCCAGGAAUUUCUAAGAAAGCGAAGCCUCCUGGCUUCAUAACUCAUGUCAAUUAAUUUAAUGUCUGUAUCAGCAAGUAUCCCCCACGAAUGACAUGUUAACAAAGACAUAAACAAUUGACACAGUGAUGAACUUGUGAUCAUUGCAAAAUGUGUUGUUUACUCAGGAAUUCGUCAGCUAAUGUUGUUAGCAUACUAGCUAGUGGUUAGCGGCUAGCUAGCUAGCUAAAGGACAUUUCGGACUGCUCGCUCACUAGCUGUUGUGACAGUAGACCUUUGGUUUUUAGCCUGUAUUACAUGUCGACAGUUAAAAGACAUGAACUUCUUAUGGCUGCAGGGGCAGUAUUGAGUAGCUUGGAUGAAAGGUGCACAGAGGUGCCCAGAGUAAACGGCCUGCUCCUCAGUCAUAGUUGCUAAUAUUUGCAUAUUAUUAUUAGUAUUGGAUAGAAAACACACUGAAGUUUCUAAAACUGUUUGAAUUAUGUCUGUGAGUAUAACAGAACUCAUAUGGCAGGCAAAAACCUGAGAAGUUCCACUUCCUGUUUGGAUUUUUUCUGAGGUGUCAGAUUUUCAACCAAGCUCUCAUUGAAAUUACAGCGAGAUAUUGAUGAGUUUUCACUUCCUAUGGCUUUCACUAGAUGUCAAGAGUCAAUAGAACUUUGUCUGAUGACUCUAAUGUGAAGGGGGGCCAAAGUAGACAGGAAUUAGUGACCACUGCCACGAGCUGACCAUGCUUUGACCAUGCGCGUUCACGUGAUAGGCAGCUCCGUUCCAUCGCUCAACUGAAGUCAAUCUAAUUCUCCGGUUGGAACGUUAUUCAAGAUGUAUGUUAACAAUGUUCUAAAGAUUGAUUCAGUACAUCGUUUGACAUGUUUCUACUAACUGUUAUGGAACUUUUGGACAUUUCGUCACGUUAUAGUGUACGAGCUUUGUGACUUUGGAAUUGUUUACCAAACACGCUAACCAAAGUAGCUAAUUGGACAUAAAUAACGGACAUUAUCGAACAAAUCAAGCAUUUAUUGUGGACCUGGGAUUCCUAGGACUGCAUUCUGAUGAAGUUCAUCAAAGGUAAGGAAACAUUUAUCAUGUAUUUUCUGGUUUCUGUUGACUCCAACAUGGCGGCUAAUUUGGCUAUUGUUCUAAGCGCCGUCUCAGAUUAUUGCAUGAUUUGCUUUUUCCGUAUUUUUUUUUUGAAAUCUGACACAGCGGUUGCAUUAAGGAGAGGUAUAUCUAUAAUUCCAUGUGUAUAACUUGUAUUAUCAUCUACAUUUAUGAUGAGUAUUUCUGUUGAAACGAUGUGGCUAUGCAAAAUCACUUAAUGUUUUUGGAACUAGUGAAUGUAACGCGCCAAUGUAAACUCAGAUUUUUUUAUAUGAAUAUGAACUUUAUCAAACAAAACAUGCAUGUAUUGUGUAACAUGAAGUCCUAUGAGUGUCAUCUGAUGAAGAUCAUCAAAGGUUAGUGAUUAAUUGUAUCUCUAUUUCUGCUUUUUGUGACUGCUAUAUUUCGCUGGAAAAAUGGCUGUGCUUAUUGUGGUGUGGUGGUGACCUAACAUAAUCAUUUGUAGUGCUUUCGCUGAAAAGCAUAUUUGAAAUCAGACACUUUGGUGGGAUUAACAAGAUUACCUUUAAAAUGAUAUAAGACACAUAUAUGUUUGAGGAAUUUUAAUUAUGAGAUUUCUGUUGUUUGAAUUUGGCGCCCUGCACUUUCACUGGCUGUUGUCAUAUCAAUCCCGUUAGCGGGAUGCAGCCAUAAGAAGUUCCUGCUAGUUAUGUUAUUUACUAAUUAUGAAUAUCAUGUCCAAAUGUUGCUUCAUAUGUAGUGCUAUUUUGGAGUUUGUAGCUAUAUGAACUAAUCAUUUAUGCUAGCUAACUACCAUAGUAACUGAAGUGGUUUAUCUUUAUGAAUAGCUAGCCCAAUAAUAUCUGGGGACUGCAGCAACUACAAGCCGUGCACACUACACGCUGUGCCCACUGUCAUUGUGGGUACUUGUAACAGUACGACACCCAUUAGCAUUACAUCGCUACAGGCCGCGCCCACCAGCAUUAGCUAGCAAGGUUAUACACAUAUCUGCUGAAGCCAGACCCUAUUGAACCCAACUCUCGCAUCGCACUACUUGGUGGGCGGGGUGUGUAGUCGAUCGUCACUACACUCUGCACCCUACAAGCCAUGCCCCCCAGUCUGUUGUCCACAGAUAGACCCUACUCAGCUUGCCUAGUUAUCUGUUUUCCAUUUGUCUAUGUUGCCAGUUGGCUCUUUGCUAUACUAAAUGUGUUAUUGUUUCUAACGAAUGUCUCUAAUUCAUGAUUGUUGGGUCAUGAAUGUUGGGGCAGUUACCCACUCAGUUAGGGUAGCAUGUACUUUUCUAAUAGUAGGGUAUGAGAGAAUUUUACAGUGAUAUUUACACAACUGUAGUUACCAAUGUUGAUAAUUUUGCAUUUGUCUAGCUACUGUUACCGACUUUUAAGUAGACCCACAACUUUUGUUUAGUCUGGACAAUAUUGCAAAACAAGUUGAUGCGUUCAGUAUCACUGAAGGUGUUGACUCAUACUGCUUUUUCUGUUCCUUUGCAUGAGUGAACGGGAUGGAUGCCACACACCAAUAACUCAAGCUGAACUGGAAGAGGUGGCUGCAGCUAUGGUCCAUGUUGUAUCUACAACUGUCUCCAUAUUGACGGGACAAUACAUACACUGCUUUGAAGGAUCCUGCCCAACCCAAAUGCUUCAAGUGGCACAAUUACGUUCUACUGGGAUUUCACCAUGUUGAUGUUCAUGGUGGGCAACCUCAUCAUCAUCCCCGUGGGGAUCACCUUCUUCAAGGACGAGACCACCGCGCCCUGGAUCAUCUUCAACGUGGUCUCUGACACCUUCUUCCUCAUGGACCUGGUCCUCAACUUCCGCACAGGCAUCGUUUUAGAGGACAACACUGAGAUCAUCCUGGACCCCAAGAAGAUCAAGAGGACGUACCUGAAGACCUGGUUUGUGGUGGACUUUAUCUCCUCCAUCCCUGUGGAUUAUAUCUUCUUGAUCGUGGAGAAGGGGAUUGACUCUGAGGUGUAUAAAACAGCCAGAGCCCUGAGGAUCGUGCGCUUUACCAAGAUCCUCAGUCUGCUGAGGCUGCUCAGGCUGUCCAGGUUAAUUCGCUAUGUCCACCAAUGGGAAGAGAUCUUCCAUAUGACCUAUGACCUGGCCAGUGCAGUGAUGCGUAUCUUCAACCUGAUUGGUAUGAUGUUGCUGCUGUGUCACUGGGAUGGCUGUUUGCAGUUCCUGGUUCCCAUGCUGCAGGAUUUCCCCCAGGACUGCUGGGUCUCCCUUAACAAGAUGGUGAAUGACUCGUGGAGCGAGCUGUACUCCUUUGCCCUGUUCAAAGCCAUGAGUCACAUGCUAUGUAUCGGUUAUGGGCGCCAAGCCCCAGAGAGCAUGUCUGAUAUCUGGUUGACCAUGCUCAGUAUGAUCGUGGGAGCCACCUGCUACGCAAUGUUCAUCGGCCACGCCACCGCCCUUAUCCAGUCCCUGGACUCAUCCCGGCGCCAGUACCAGGAGAAGUACAAACAAGUGGAGCAGUACAUGUCUUUCCACAAACUGCCAGCUGACUUCCGACAGAAAAUCCAUGACUACUACGAGCACAGAUACCAGGGCAAGAUGUUUGAUGAGGAGAGCAUCCUGGAGGAGCUUAAUGAACCACUGCGGGAGGAAAUUGUCAACUUCAACUGCCGUAAGCUGGUGGCGUCCAUGCCCCUGUUUGCCAACACCGACCCCAACUUUGUGACGGCUAUGUUGACUAAGCUCCGCUUCGAGGUCUUCCAGCCUGGAGACUACAUCAUCAGGGAGGGCACCAUCGGCAAGAAGAUGUACUUCACCCAACACGGUGUGACCAGUGUCCUGACCAAAGGAACCAUGGGCAUGAAGCUCUCAGAUGGAUCCUAUUUUGGAGAGAUCUGUCUGUUGACCCGAGGCAGACGGACAGCCAGUGUGCGAGCGGACACGUACUGCCGUCUCUACUCCCUGUCUGUGGAUAACUUUAAUGAGGUGCUGGAGGAGUACCCCAUGAUGAGACGAGCCUUCGAGACUGUGGCCAUCGACCGACUGGACCGGAUAGGGAAGAAGAACUCGAUCCUAAUGCACAAGGUUCAGCAUGACCUCAAUUCGGGCGUCUUGAACAACCGGGAGAACCAGAUGAUCCAGGAGAUUGUGAAAUAUGACCGCGAGAUGGUGCAGCAGGUGGACCUGCAUAGGCCCCGUGUCAUGUCUAUGUCCAACCCAUCCACACAUGGCGGCAUCUUCGCCCCCCCUGGCCCUCCCCAGAGCUCAGCCAUUGCCACCCUCCAGCAGGCUGUGGCCAUGAGCUUCUGUCCCCCCAUGGUAGGCCCUCUGGCAGUGGGUGAGGGCCUGCAGUCCCCCCGGAUGGUGCGGAGGUUCAAGGUGAUGCAGAGUGUAGCCAGCCCAGUGCCAGCCUCCCCUACCCCCCAGACCCAGCAGACCAUGCAUCCCCAGCUGCACGCCAGUGGUGCAUUCGUCACGGCCCUCUCCAGCCCCCCCAUCCAGAGCCCCUUAGUGGCUGGGGGACGGACAUUCCAGUACGGGCCCUCUUCUGGUUCCCAGGUCUCCCUGGUCCAGCAAGUUGUGCCCAGCCCCACACACAGGCCCAACACCCAUAACAGCACCCGGUCUCUGCACAUUGGCAGUCUGGGUCAGAAUGCCAGGGCACUGUCCGCCUCUCAGCCCUCCCUGCCCCAGGGAGGGGCUCAGCCCGUGGCUCCCUGCCCAUCACAGUCCACCCUUGUCUCCUCCACCUCCAUCGGGCCCCCUCAGACCCCCUCGGGCCAUGCAGGGGUCAGGAGCGCUAUGACUCAUAGGAUGGUGCUUCCCCACCAGAUGUCUGCGGGGGCGUUCCCUCUAGCCUCCCUCCCGGGGACUGUUACAUCGCUGGGGAUGGGCAUGGGGAUGGGCAUGGGAGUGGGCAUGCUGGACUCAGGAUUACCCAAGAGGGAUUCUAUAGCCAGCCUCCCUGAGACAGACUGUGCCAGAUCGAGGCUCUCUUCCAAUUUGUGACCUUUAUUAGAUUCCUGCAGAGCCAGUGCUUUUUGGUUGUGGGAACUCUAAAGGUUUCUUCCUUCUACCCUAUAAUUCUCCCUGCGGGGCUAAAUCUGACUUAAAGAAUGUAUGCUGUGUGACUGGUGAUGACAGGGAGAGACAGACAGGAGCUGAUGGAAAAUGUAUGACUAACAAUAUGAAGUCUGUAUACAGAGUUAUUGUCAAAGGUGGGAUGUUUCUACUCCAUCCACAGACAGAUACCGACCGUACGUAAUGGUAGCACCUUCUCCCCACAUCUCCUUUAUUUGCUGUGUUUACUGUAACCAUAUUCAACAUACAUAAAAUCUGUCACCCACUAUCUAUAUACUCCCAACAAUACAAACUGGCUGGGACAAAAAGAAAAUCUGGGACCUGCUUCAGAGGACAACGAUGACAUCCACACUUUGCAGAAGUGUUCUGGGAUUUCCUCUUUUGUCUAUGGACCGGCUUUAGCACAAGUUCUACUCAUGCCACUGUAAUAUUGUAUCAGAAAACAAGAAAAUGCUAAAUAUUAGUUUUUUCUUCACACCACAUCUUAAAUGAAUGCAUUCAAAGGCUAUACAGGGAAUUGUUUGAUAUUUGUAUUUUUUUCCAGACCAUAGUUGGGCUUCUACAAACACAAUAUGGCCUGGGAUUAGUAAUAUAUCACUGAAGAAAAGAAAACUAUGAUUGUAACAUUUGAAGCCAUGUCCUUCGUCCAUAAGUGUGUGUAUGGGUAUAAGUAUGACUAUGAGUGUCUUCAUAAGGAAUUCAUAUAAAAUAUAACUCAUCCCCCCUCUCUCAAAUGGUCUUUGCAGAAGAUGGUGUAGGUAUGUUUAAUUUUUUUACUAUGGAAUCUACCGUAUCAUACAUGACAUUCCAUUCUGGCUUUGCCUUUUCAAAACACUACAGCUUGGCGUCAAGUGAUACAGUUUCAAUGAGAUCAUCCGUCCCCAUAGGAUGAUGCAUAUGCAUGUUGAUAUGGGUUAUGAGUCACACGAAUAUCAACAUACUGUAAAUCAACAUACUGUAUUUCAAUAAACCCUGAUGGAAUUUCAUAUCAGGUUAUUUGCAUAGUUAAGUUUAGAAUAGGCAGUUCAUAGUUUUGCUUUCUUUAAAAGAUAUCCAAGAUAAUAGUCUGGCUGAAGUUCUGAAUGCACUUUGCAGCGUAAUUGACAAUGCUAAUAUCCAGACAGAGCAUGUCCAGACAGAGACUGAUGCCUCGUGGUUCGAUUGCAUAAAUAAUUCCAUUUAAUGAACACAUUAAACUUUUUAUUGAUACAUGUCAUCUCAUCUGUAUUGUCCAUCCAUUAUAAGACUUUUUUUUAGAUUAAUAGAAAUUCUAAACAAAUCAUUUUUUCCCCCACUUUCCACUCAGUCAUACAGUAAUAUAACAUCUCAUUAAGGUAGACUGGGUGUUCAAUGUGCAUAAUGCUCCUGUAUUGCUCCCAGCUAAAUGCUCCCAUUCUAUUCUAAUCUGUAGCAAGGGCAGUGCAGACAUUUUGGAGGGUGAUGUGUUUCCUACCGCAAGUGUUGUCACUAAAUGUGUUUAUCGGCCUGAGCGGCCUCCGCUGAUUCGUGUCCAAAAGCAUUAGAGGAAGAGGCUUCCCAAGCCCCAAUAUCCAAUAUCCAAUACCCAAUA